CAUGCACAACCGCUUUGCAACAAGUAGCUCUUCGUUAUCGAGCAAUAAGAUCUCGAGGGGAUCUCUGCCAAAAGCACCAUGAUAAAGAAACACAGUGUUAAUAAAAGGGGUUUACUGUGAUAUGUCGAGAUCAUGUCACGUCGUGGUCUCCUUCAACACCCGCUGACGCGAACUGACGAUGUCCUCUGCAGGCAUCGUGCACAUCACCAACCCGCGGGCGGGCUCGGGGCGCGGGGGCCGGCGCCAGGCCGCCCGCAUGUUCACGUUCGACUCGGUGUACGACUGGAACUCGAAGCAGGACGACCUGUACGAGAACACGGUGCGGCCGCUGGUGCACUCGGUGCUGGACGGCUACAACGGCACCAUCUUCGCCUACGGCCAGACGGGCACGGGCAAGACGUACACCAUGCUGGGCGCCACCCAGGCGCUCGGCCCCGGCCAGGGCCCGCGCGAGAAGGGCAUCGCCUCCAAGUGCUUCGAGGACGUGUUCCGGCACAUCGCCUACACGGGCGAGCGCACCAGCUACGUGGUCCGCGCCUCCUACCUCGAGAUCUACCAGGAGGAGACCCGCGACCUGCUCAGCCCGGACCUGGAGUCGUACCGGCGGCCGCUGGCGCUGGGCGAGGACGCCACCCGCGGCGUCUACGUCAAGGGGCUGCGCUCCGUCGUCUGCAAGAACAUCAAGGCCAUCGAGCGCGUGAUGCGCGUGGGCAACACGAACCGCGCCACGGCCUCCACCAACAUGAACGAGCACAGCUCCAGGUCGCACGCCAUCUUCCAGGUCACCAUUGAGAUGCAGGUGACUGACCGGCCCGGCCCAUCACAGCGAAAACCACGUCACUUCAAAGGCUUUAUUUUAGACAAACUUUACUCCAAGAUGAAGUGCACUCGUAAAAAGAAUUGCCUGUAAUGACUAGGGAUCUUAAAGUCCGAAAUAUUUCAGAGGAAAGGGAAACUUUUCGAGGGGGAAAUAAAUAAAAAAGA